UCAUUUCCCACGUUCACUUAUUAUCCUUUGUCGCUGUCUUCUUUCCUGUUCUCUUUUCUCUGUUCAGAUCCGACCAGGCCACCGUCGCUCUCUAACAGCAAACUUCGUCACUUUCCCAACCAACUGUCUCGAUUGACUCGAUCUGACAAAGCGAGACGAAACAACAAGAUGCAGCUUUCUAAAUCAGUUCUGCUCCUCACCGCAUUGAGCGCUGGUACCGUCUCUGGACGUGCCGCUCAUAAGCACAAGCACCGCCAUGCUGACCUCCACGAGGAGCGUUCUCUCGGCGACAAGGUGGUAGCCGUCAUUGACGGAGCCACCGUCACCUGGGAGAACACCUACAGUGGUGAGACGGGUGCUCCCGUUGCCAGCAGCUACACGGCCACCCCCACCACCACCAAGGUCAAGGCCGAUGACGUGAAGGCCUCGUCUACUGCUACCUACUCUGCCUCCUCCUCGGCCGCAGCUACCUCGGCCGCCUCUUCGGGCGACAGCUCCCCUGUCUAUACCGAGUACACGGAGUUCUGCAGCGCUGCUGCCAAGGCCAAGCGUGCCACCGCCGCCCAGAUCGCCUACACGGGCAACACGGGCACAAGCGACGACUGGGGCUGCAACAUGCAGCUCGUCGCCGCUGAUAUCGCCGACCAGUACGACUACACCAUCAAGGUGACGGGCCAGAACACCGAGUCGUGGAAAUUCGUCUGCUGGAACAAGAUCGGCCCCGACGGCCUAAUCGAUGGCUGGUACAACCACACGGCCGUCAGUUUCGACCUAGCACCCGGCGCAACCCAGUACGUUGCCUUCCAGGCCAACUCUCAAGGUGCCUGCGCUAGCCAACCCGGCAAUGAAAUCGAAACCGACAGCUAUGGUGGCUUUGUCACCACCUGGUUCGAGUUUGACUUCGCCAAUGAAUCCAACGACAACUGGUCCGGCGCCGACGUCUCCUCCAUUCAGGCCGAGGCCGCCGGUACUUCCGUCUACGGCAUGAGGGCUUGCUCCGGUGACGUCUGCUCCACUAUCGGUGCCGACAUGAGCAUCCUCGACAACGCCUUCAGCAAUGCUCUCAAGCUCGCAGAUGGUCUCGGUCUCAACCUGCCCGCCGGCCCCGUCAGCAUCGACGUCGUCAUCGACUACUCGCCUUAACAUAAACAAAAAGUCGCCUUAGCUGGGGAACCUGAGAACCUGAGGACCCGUGAUCAUCCUAAUGUUUAGCUAUUUUCUGUAAUUACAUUUGGAUA